GCUUUCCAUUAACUACAUUAUAGACCUUAUUUCCAAGGUUUAGAGACUACUUUUGUAUGUACGAAUUUCAAAGUUAGGGGAUGAUUUUCAACAAUUUUCAACGGGUUAAGUAUAUAGUACUUACUACAAAUAUGUAACUUUUAUUUUGUUCUGCUUACAAAUUAAUUAUCACAAAUUAAUAUACUACUUCAAAACUCUAUUCUAAAGUGCAAAACAUUCUUCAAUGUUUAAUUUAUAUAUUCCUUUCAAUGAGUUUGGCAGAUACCUACAACUUUCAUCUUCGAAGCGAUACGUAAUACGCACAUUGCAUCGAUUUUAUAAUAUAACAAAACUACUUAAUUAUAUCAACAAGACUUCCCAGUAGUUACAUAAAACCACAAAUGCCUGCCCAUACAUUCGAUUUAUUCGAAAAAACAACAAUUUCGCCACUAAACCGAACAACAAUAGGACCAUUAGGAGAUGUCAUCGUGCGUGCAAACAAAAGAAGUCGGGAAGAGAUAAAACAACGGAACACGGACAGACUACUUCAAACUAUCAGAGACCAUUGUAGGCUCUACCUGGUCCCAGUUACAUUUCAACCACCGGACAAAAUGGUUGCAAUUUAUUUCUUACUGUCUUUAAGUAUCGCGUAUAUUACCGCGGAGCAUACAGGAGCGUACUCAUCGCCGCAGUACGCGAAGAAAAUGUAUCCCAAGAAAGGAUAUGAUACGAACGAGUUGCUGCCGCGAGAUAAACCUCCAGUGCUAUUCAAGGAAGAGCCAGAUCAGGGUUCCAUCGCCAGGUUCGACAAUAACAAUGAUACGUCCGUGUACGGGAGGUCAUCGUUCUUGGACGCAGCGGGCAGUUUCCUCAGCGGAACAGGAGGGCAAGUGGUGACCAGUAUAGCAAGGGACUUCAUCGCUCGGUCCACUGGCAGCAGUCAGGUACUAAGUCUGAAUUUGACAAAUCUAGUGAUCCUGAUAGUUUUGAAGGCGUUGAUCUUGGCGGCUGGUUUCUUUGGUGCAGGCGCAUGGAAAGGCGGACAUUACUACGGAAGGAGUCUCGAUGACAACAAAAACGUGACAUACAUUAGUGAAGACGAGAUCCUGCUCUACCUGAGUUACUUGGCUGGUCAACAGAAGAAAGAUUAUGGUUGUUUGUACCUGCUGUCAUGUCAACGACCUCAGCAGGCCAGCAUGUAUUCGUCUGGAGCUGAACUGCUUCUGCAAGGCACCAGGAUGUUGCAAGGGCAAGUAUUUUUGGUUAUAAAAUAA